AUGCCUCUCGUCAAAGACCCGCCGUCCUCCUCCAAACAUUCGCAUCGCAAUUCUGGUUCCGGCUUCCACCCAUUCGGAGGUCGUCUCAGCAGACGCUUUGGCGAUAAUCUUUCCCCCGACGACCCAUACCUGAGCUACCACGACGUACGGCUCACCCGCGAAGACGUCGACUCUAUCCGCCAAGAUGACUGGCUUACCGACAACGCCAUCUGCUUCUGGGAGGAAUACCUCGAGCGGGAAAAGCUCUCCGGCUACCCCAAAGCACACAUCGUCCUUCUCCGACCCAGCAUGUCCUUCAUGUUGCAAAACACUCAAGAUCCGCUCAGUCUGAAAUCCGCACUCCCCGACUUUACGAAAACCACACAUGUCUUCCUCCCUAUCAACGACUGCCGACGCGUGGAUGUUGCAGAGGGAGGGAGCCACUGGUCAUUACUCCUCGUCAGCAUCGUGGAUGGGGUGGCUUUCCACUACGACUCGCUGUCGCCUUCGAAUUACCACCACGCCAAACUCGUCGCGCAUCGUAUAAGUACAUUGCUGGGCAAACCGUUGCGGUUCAUAAACUUGGAGGACUCGCCCCAGCAGGAUAAUAGCAUGGACUGUGGGGUAUACGUGUGCUUGCUGAUGCAGCAUUUGCUCUUGAGCAAGUUAUUGCGGGCACAGGCUCAGGAUAAGAUCUCUAUGAGCAUGCGUGGGAAAGAGGUGGAUGCUGAGGGUGGCAGGAAGGAGAUGAUGAGGAUCAUUGAGGCGAGGAGAAAGGAGGGCGAGAGGAGGAGAUCGUGA